UCCCACACACGUCCAUGCUCCGCCUCCCAACCAAUCACCUUUCUCACGGUGGCUGGGUAUAAAUACUGCGAAAUAGUGUAUUUUUUUUCAUACACAUCUUAACUGGCUUAAGCAGUGUACUUCACGUACAAAGGAACUGAAAAUUUGUUUUACUUUCAAGUGGCGACGAUGGAAGUGAUAUCAGUUGGCGACCCACUGUCAGGGGUUCUCACGCCCCCCUCGACCCCCACCAGCACGCACAACUUUCACUUCCCAGGGAUGAAGUCUACCGUGGCUACUAGUGCCACAAGCUUCAGGCCUUGUGCAUCAGCGUUCAGUCCUCUGGUAGCUCAAGUGCCAAACCGUGUACACAAUAGUGUACCAUUCUUGUCCCCUGUACCUUCAGUGCCUGGUGUAGAUAUGGACCCUCACUUUAAUAUUUUUAACACCUACCGAGUCCUAUCAUUCGGUGCCUUUCCAUGGGCUGCGAUGACUGCUGGUGCAGAUCACUUUAACCAGUUUCUUUUGUCUUCUGGUGGAAGACUAACACGACCCAAGAAGCGCUACAUCUGCAAGUUCUGCCACCGAGAAUUCACCAAGAGCUACAAUCUUUUAAUCCACGAGAGAACACACGGACGGCGACCUUUCCCCUGCCAUCUGGGAAAGGGCCUUCAGGAGACAAGACCCCUCCGUGACCACAAGUCAUCCUAG